UCCCGCGUCACAUGCGUUAUCAUUUUCAAACACUAUUCUACGCUACUAAAUUUCUCGUAUCAGUCUUAAUUAAUCAUGGUGACAGACUGUUCUUUGGGUAUAUUAAAAUAUUCGGCAACCAAAUAAUACCGGAAUAUAUCUGGAUCUGAGAAUGGUUCAAAUAUGAGUGAGCAAAAUGAAACUGGCAUGGCUUUCUUAAAAUCUUCUAACUCAUCGGAGUCCAGUGCACAAAGUGAUUCGACUAUUGUAACCCCAGGAGUGUACUAUCCUCGGCAAAAGAUCAUCAAUCAAAUCCGCCGUGACACAGCCAGACACAAAAGUGCUCGGGCUGUAUUGAGAAAUGGAGAAAUCAAUACGGAAAAGUUUCCAAAUCAAAAGCUCAGUUUCUUCUCCAGGUGGUUUGUGUCGAUGGUCGAAGCUAGGUGGAGAUGGACUCUGUUGAGCUUUUUCUUGGCUUUCACUGGUAAUUGGCUAUUUUUUGGUUUUACCUACUGGUGUAUAUCACUCUCGCACGGAGAUUUAAUUGAAGAGCAUCUCCCUCACAAUCAAAAUACGUCUGACUGGACUCCUUGUAUUGAAUAUAUUUACGACUUUACAUCAACUUUUUUAUUCAGUAUUGAAGUUCACACAACAGUAGCAUAUGGUAAAAGAUCAAUCACAUUACAGUGCCCCGAUGCAAUAUUUGCUAUGUGCCUGCAAUGCAUAUUGAGUUCUAUUUUUCAAGCCUUCAUGAUUGGAAUCCUAUUUGCUAAGCUAACUAGACCUAAAGCCAGAACUCAAACUAUACUAUUUAGUAAACAUGCUAUAAUAAGUUUAAGAGAUGAAAAGUUAUGCAUGGUAUUCAGAGUUGGUGAUAUUAGAAAAUCAAGAAUAUUAAACAUCAAAGCCAACAUGUAUGUUAUAAGAUUGCAAACAGAAUUGAAUUAUUUAGAUAACAAUGAUCAAAUUGCUCUCGACGCAGAUAUGGAUAGCUGUGAGUCUAGUUUCUUUUUAUGGCCUAUUUCUGUCAUCCAUACAAUAGAUCGAUCAAGUCCUUUGUACAAGAUAUCAGCAGCAGAUCUUCUUUGUGGAAAAAUAGAAAUUUUAGUUGUGUUUGAAGGUAUAAUAGAAUCAACUGGUCAACCGAUUCAGGCUAGAUCAAGUUAUUGUGAAAGUGACAUUCUUUGGGGGCAUAGAUACGUGCCAAUGGUUAACUAUGAUCCAAAAAAGGAAACGUAUGAUGUAGAUUUUUCAAAAUUAGGUGAAACGGAGCAAUUUGAUACCCCUUUGUGUUCAGCAUAUGAAUACGACCACUUUUUAUCAAAUGAACUUCAAGACCAAAAUUUCAAAAUAACGUAAAGAUGAUUGAGUAUUCUUAAAUAGGUAGCAAUGCUAUUGUUGUAGAUAUUAUAAUCUUCAUGGUGACAAAAAAAAUACAAACAAGUCUUUCCAAGUGAAGCAUAUUUUGCUAUUGUGUCUCAAGGUUUGACACGCUACAUGUGACGUUGAAGUGUAUAAAUGUGACUGAUUUUAUACGAAUUUAUAUUUUUGUAUUUCACAGUGAUAGCCUUAGAUGAAUUGCCAUCGCGUAAGAUAAACGAGGAUCAUGUAUGACUUAUGAUACAUUUUAUAUGCCUUGGAAAAGUAUAAGCUAGUCGGUACCUACGAUAAUAGAUAUAUGUAUAAAUAAGUAUGUUCCAAAGAUUUAUAAGAACCUACUUACAUAAGAUAUUUAUAAUUUGAUGCCUGCCAAAUAAAUUAAGAUAAAUAAUGAACUGCU